CAAAGAGAGAGAGAGAGAGCGAGAGAGAGAGAGAGAGAGAUUAACGUUACUCAUAUUACUCAUAUGUUUUGUACAAUGAAAUGUCUGUUCCCAAAUGCAUGGACUACCACUAGCCAAUUUCAGACAUGUCUUUUCUCUGUUUUCAUCAUCAUUAAUGUUUCGUUUUUCUCUUUCCCUUUAUCAUUCAAAACAACCCCAACAACUCUUCAAUUAGACAAAUUCCUACAUACAUAAACAAAACAUUUGAGCUGGGUGGUUUUUUACCUUAUAUGUAGUAGUAGUAGUAGUAGUAGAUAUCAAUAUGGGGAAGAUUAUUGGAGGAACUUCUUGGUUGACCGUGGUCAAAAGAGCUUUCAGAUCAUCACCAACAAAAAAUUUGCAGAAUGAGAAAAGAAGCAGCAGUAGAAGGAGGGAAGAACACGAACACGAAGAAGAAGAAGAAGAAAAGAAGAGAGGAAAACGAAGAUGGAUUUUCAGGAAGCCUUCGAUUCAAGAAACAAUCAUACAACAUUGUGAAGCUAGGACAAACAUAACCAAGCCGAGCAGUAGUAGUACUAAUACUAGUGUUCAUGAGAAGGUCGGUGAUGAUCAAGCAGAGCAGAGAAGACAUGCGCUUGCAGUGGCUAUGGCUUCAACAGCAGCUGCUCAGGCAGCAGUAGCAACAGCUCAAGCAGCCAUGGAAGUUGCUCGUCUAGCCAGACCUUCAAUACUCGCUAGGGAACACUGUGCUGCCAUUGUUAUUCAAACAGCCUUCAGAGGAUAUCUGGCAAGGAGAGCUCUAAGGGCUCUCAAGGGGCUGGUAAAACUGCAAGCUUUAGUGAGGGGCUAUAAUGUCAGAAAGCGAGCAAAGAUGACUCUUCAGUGCAUGCAAGCUCUGGUUCGUGUUCAAGCUCGAGUGAGGGACCAAAGAAAUAGAAGGCUUUCCAUUGAAGGCAGUGUAGAUUAUUCUGUAUUUAGUGAGGCCAGUAGAUCACAUGUAUCUGACGGGAAAUCCCAUUGCAGAGAACAAAGCAGCAUUGAAGAUGAUGAUGAUUAUGUUCGUUGGGAUGAACACUCACAAACACUUGAGCAUAUUCAAGCCAUGCUAGAGAAAACAAAGGAAGCUGCUUUGAAACGUGAAAGAGCUCUAUCUUAUGCCUUCUCUCACCAGAUAUGGAGAAACAACAGCGAGCAAGAAGAAGAGCCAGAAGAGAUAAAAUUAUUGAAGCUGCAUGAAGCAGGUUGUUGGGGAGGAAGAAGAAAGUUGCAGCAGCAGCAUCCAUGGGAGAUCAGCAGAGGCAGAGCUUCAUGUGACCACAUAAGGGACAGAGACCCAAUCAAAACAGUCGAAAUUGACACUUGUCGACCUUAUUCUUACUCAUCCCCCAAAACCCACAAACCACAAUAUUAUUCAUAUUCAUACCACCACCAACAACAACAACCCCAUUCGUAUACUGUAGCCUCAUCACCGCUAACUCCAUCUCCAUCUAAACCAAGAAACGUCCAAAUUCACUCAUCAGCCAGCCCUCGAUGCACCAAAGUUGCAGAGAGAAACUCUCCUUCAAUGCCCCAAACGCCUACUAGCUUAACGGCAGCAGCGAAGCCAAAUUACAUGGCAGCCACAGUAUCGGCCAAAGCCCGAAGUAGUUUACGUUCGCAAAGUGCACCGAGGCAGAGGAUUUUAAAUCCUGCAGAUCAAAGAGAGAGAAGCAGUACUAGCAAUGGUACUGGAACUGGAUCAUCAGCAAGGAAACGUUUAUCGUUUCAGGCAAUUAAUAAUGGAGGUGGGGGUGAGCCUGACACAUCAUGUGGUGGUGGUGGCAAUAUUGGUAAUGAGAGUGACAGUGCGUCGGAUUUGAAGUGGAGGAGCCCAAGAUAUAAGGGGUACAUAAUUAAUAAUGGGAACCCUCGUGCAUUUGAUGUGAUGGAGAAGAGAGCCAGCGUUUCUUCUUGUUGUACGGACAGCGAGAUUUCUCCACCAAGAUAUAGUGAUCAGAUGCUUAUUAGGAGGAGGAAGAGGUGGAGUUGAAUUAAAAAGUAGCAAACCAUCUCAUAUCCUACCUAAAAAGUAUGACAUAGACCAACAAAUUAAGACCCAUAGGCAAAAUUGAUAAAAUGUGGCCAUGGUGUUUGUUUGUUUUUUCUCAUGUGAUGUGAAAUUCCAGAACAAGUUCCAUGGGAAUGUAUUACUAGAGUUUAAAAAAAAAAAAAAAAAUUCGUGGAUAACCAUUAUUAAUUUAUUUUAAGCCGUUUAACUUUGCCCA